AUGGCAUCAGCAACACAAUCCACAAUUGAAGAGCCCGACACGAGGCUCUCAACCACGUUCUACGCCGAGCUUCUCAAAACUGGCGUGUUCUCGGAUAUUACAUUCAAGUAUGGAAAGCAACAUACCUUCAAGCUACAUUCAGUCGUCCUCAAGCCGAAAUCGACGUGGUUUGCGACGCACUGUAAAGACAACUCAAAACAGAUGUCGCACAACAUCGAUAUAUUUGACGAUGGGCUUUCUAUUGAGUGCCUUAACAACUUCAACCCUCGGCUGAUUGAACACUGCAGCGAGCAUGCAGCGGGCGAUCGUUGUAUUUCGGCUGACCAUUUUACUUCCUUAUUGGAAUUCUGCUAUCUCAACAAUUAUCCCCCACAGUUGUGGACGGGGAUCGGCAGACAAACACUUUGCUUCUCUCACAUAUACAUGUAUUGUCUAGCCAAACGUUUUGGUGUCGACUCUCUCCUAGUUCUCAGUGCUACUGGCUUUGCACACACCAUGAGUCUGUUACUUUUGGAGAACAAGAACGAAACGGCUUUCAUCAGAUUCAUAAAUCUUGUUUACGACCUACCGGUUCUAGAGGAGGAUGAUUUGCUUCGUGUUAAGGCUCGCCAGCAAGCUGCAAAAUUCGCUGGAGGAGAAUUCAUUCGGCUUCGAAACUCUUUCGUCAAAGGUGUCAAGCAGAGUAGAGUCACCAAAGCGAUGCCAAAAGCUGGUCAAGAUCUUCUUACUUGCUCACUCAGUUCUGACGUGUUCGACCUUGCACAACCAAUUCCCGAUGAGCCGAGUACACCCGAGGUCUCGACCAAGGCUCAUACUUGCGUACGAUGCACAGUUUCACUCAACGCAGGAGCUGCCUCACCGGAUUCCAAACUCUGUGACAAGUGCAAGCCCAAAGCACAUAGUUGCUCAAACGUGGCGCUCCCUCCGAGUCGAGGCAACACGACGGGCCCAAGAAGCAUGAAGCAAUUCUAA